AUGAGGCUGAGUCGUCGGCUCUCGGGCCUCUACAAGCCGAUUCUGCUUAUUGCGUCGGCUUUGGCAUUCGCUUAUUUAUUACUCGCCGACGCGGACGAUUCGGGAUCGAGUUCGCAUUCCAAGAAAUCGCAUAAACAUCACAAGAAAGAACAUGGAGAUACAGAUGACUAUGAAAUCGGAGCGCGGGAAGAGUUCCCUGGCUUUGAAGGAACAAUCAUGGGACGAGGGCUCGAUGAAGACGUGCCUAAAGAAGUUUAUAGAGAUUAUGGAAAGCUCGGAAAUUAUGAGCCAGAUCAGGCGACGAUCAAAGGCAUGGAAACCGGCCUCGGCGACUACGGAAAACAGGUCAGUUGGGGACCGGACGAAGAAGACGCCGUCAAAAAGUCCAUCAAAGAAUUCGGCUUCAACAUGGUCAUGUCCGACAAGAUCUCCCUCGACCGAGUUCCAAAAGACAUUCGAGAUCCAAAGUGCAAAUAUGUUGACUAUCCUGAAAAGCUGCCAGAAGUUUCUGUCGUCAUUGUGUUUCAUAAUGAAGGAUGGAGUACGUUGAUGAGAACUGUUAAUUCUGUCAUCAAACAGACGCCGAAAGAGCUUCUUGGAGAGAUCGUGAUGGUCGAUGAUGCGUCAACAAAAGAACAUCUCAAGGCAAACCUGGACGAGUACAUCAAGCGCUGGAAUGGCCUUGUCCGCGUCCAUCGCAACGCAAAACGCGAGGGUCUCAUCCGGGCCCGUUCAAUCGGUGCGGUUGAGUCGCGAAAAGAAGUUCUCGUUUUCCUCGACGCUCAUUGCGAAGCGGAAUUCAACUGGCUGCCACCUCUUCUAGCGCCAAUCGCGCGAAAUGAUAGAAUCUCUACCGUGCCAAUGAUUGACGGAAUCGAUGGAAAUCACUAUCAUUUCACCAGCCAAGGUGGUGGUGAUCGAUGGGGCCGAGCUACAGGCGCAUGGGACUGGAGCUUUUUGUGGAAAAGAAUCGCUUUGCCUCCAGAGGAAGAUAAGAAGCUUCCUUCAAAGAUUCAACCGUUCCCCAGUCCAGCGAUGGCCGGCGGACUCUUCGCCAUCAAUCGUCAGUAUUUCAAAGAUAUCAUGUACUACGAUCCUGGUCUUGAAAUUUGGGGAGGAGAGAACUUUGAGUUGAGUUAUAAGCUUUGGAUGUGCGGUGGUGGAAUGUUGUUUGUCCCCUGCUCUAGAGUUGGACAUAUCUACCGACUAGAAGGAUGGGAAGGCAACCCGCCACCAAAGGAUGUUCCCUCAAAUCCAUCCAUGCGAAAUUACAGAAGAGUUAUUGAAACUUGGUGGGAUGACUGGAGUAAAUACUUCUACGUCUCCCGUCCAGAAGCGAAAACACUUGACUACGGAGAUAUUGGACCUCAAGUUGAGUUCAGAAAGAAUCACUGCCCCUAUGAUUUCAACUGGUUUAUGAAAGAAAUCGGUUACGGAGUGGCGAUAGAAUACCCAAUGCCUCCCUUGAACAAGUUCUGGGGCGAAAUUCGCGCUCGUCAAGGCAACCAAUGCCUCGAUUCGAUGGGUCACACUAACGGUGGCUCUGUGGAAACUUACUACUGUCACAAACAGGGUGGAAACCAGCUUUUCCGGCUCAACGAUAACCUGCAGUUGAUGCAAUACGACCAGUGCUUGUUCAUGUCUUCAGGAAAUUUGAGGCUGUCGCACUGCUCAGCCGGGGAUAAAGCUGGCUGGGAUUACGACCCAAAAACCGGAAUGAUCUCUUACGGAGAGAAAAAGAAACAGCGACAGUGCAUCUCAGUGACGAACAAAACCUCGAUUGGAAAGGUCAAGUUCGUUACAUGCGACGUCAACGAUGACAGUCAAAAGUUCGACUUCAACGAAAUCCACAGCACAUAA